ACACAGUCUCGCGACUCCCGCGAGCUCUUCUACCUUCCGCGUAUACGUAGAUUUGAAUUCUGCCUCGGGAUUGUAAAACCCGGACAUAUAUCUCAAAACGACAAAACCGGCCGGACGCCCGGACAGGAGCACAAAAAGAGGACAUGCCCGGGGAAAACCGGACGUAUGGUGAGCAGUAAUGAGGCAGUACACUCAGGUACCGAGAGGAGAAACUGAAAGAAUCUACAGCUUUAAUCCUGCAAGGGAACGUUGCUCAUGUCUGUCAUUAGGUGUUUGUGGUUGCUGUGGUGCCCUGCGACCCCGUUACAAACGCUUGGUUGACAACAUCUUCCCAGAAGAUCCAAAGGAUGGUCUGGUUAAGGCUGACAUGGAGAAACUGACAUUUUAUGCAGUUUCAGCACCAGAAAAAUUGGAUAGAAUUGGAACAUAUCUUUCUGAAAGACUGAGCAGAGAUGUGGUUAGACACCGUUAUGGACAUUUCUUAGCUCUAUCCCUUUUGGAAUUUGACCUGCCUCACGCCCUACAGGUGUCGGACGAUUCCUGCCUUGCCUACAGUACUGAAAGACUAUCUGCCUCCCUUAUUUACUCCUCUAUCAAGGAACUAAAAUUUGUCAAAUUUGCCAACAUUGAAGAAGAUACACCUUCAUACCACAGACGCUAUGAUUUCUUUGUUUCUCGGUUCAGUGCCAUGUGUCACUCUUGCCAUGACAAUUUGGAAACAAGAACAAAAAUUCGGGUUGCUGGUAUCAGAGGCAUCCAAGGAGUGGUUCGCAAAACUGUCAACGAUGAAUUACAGGCUAUCAUCUGGGAGCCACAACAUAUGCAUAAGAUUGUUCCAUCACUGCUUUUUAACAUGCAGGGUUCUGAAGAUGGAGAUAGUAGGAAUGGCGCACCGUCAUCCCCCACCAAUGGUGAUAAAGAGGAGAAUCCUGCUACUCUAGCAGAGAACUGUUUCAGGGAGUUGCUGGGACGGGCAGCAUAUGGAAAUAUGAAUAAUGCUCUUAAACCUUUGCUUGUACACUUGGACAGUCACGGACUUUGGGAUCCAAAUGAAUUUUCUAUUAACUGCUUUAAGAUAAUUAUGUAUUCCAUACAGGCUCAGCAUUCCCACCGUGUGAUCCAGCAGAUUCUUGGACAUUUAGAUCAUCACAGAAAAAGUUCCCCACGUCUUCGAGCAGGAAUUGUGCAAGUACUUUUGGAGACCGUAGCUAUAGCAGCUAAGGGAUCAGUUGGCCCCACAGUGCUGGAAGUAUUUAACACUUUGCUGAAACAUUUGCGCAUGAGUGUGGACUUUGAACUGAGUGAUAGGCGCAGUUCUUCAGGAAGUGCUACUGUGAAUGCUAACUCAAAAGAAAGUGAUGAGAGAAUUGUGCAAAAUGCAAUCAUUCAAACAAUUGGUUUCUUUGGGAGCAAUCUUCCAGAUUACCAAAGGGCUGAGAUAAUGAUGUUUAUCAUGGGAAAAGUACCUGUUGUUGGAACAUCUUCCCACAUACUGGACACUAACCAACUGGGGGAUCAUGGAACCCAAAGAAUUCAGGUCAUGCUGCUAAGGUCUUUACUAAUGGUGACAUCAGGAUACAAAGCCAAAACCAUUAAUGCUGCCCUUCCUGCACUGUUUCUGGACCCUCUUCUGUCUCUCUCUGUUAUGGAUGACAGUGAACUGAGGCAGCUAGUUCUAGAAAUCUUGAACAAUCUCGUUGAUCGUCAUGACAACAGGGCAAAACUCCGAGGAAUACGAAUUAUUCCUGAUGUGUCUGCAUUAAAGAUAAAGAGAGAGAAGAUUCCAAGGCAGGAUGUAAGCUUCAUGAAAAAGCAUGGUCAGCAGUUAUAUAAACACAUCUACCUGGGCUGCAAAAUAGAAGACAAUGUUGAGAAGAACUUUGAGUUACUAUAUACAACACUUGCUCUUAUUACCAUUGAGCUAGCCAAUGAAGAAGUCAUUAUUGACCUUAUCCGACUUGCCAUUGCCUUGCAGGAUAUGGCCAUCCUAAAUGAAGACAGCUUGUCUACUUUUAACCGAUGUGGAGUUAUGGCAUUAGUGGCUGCAUAUCUGAACUUUCUGAGUCAGAUGAUUUCAAUUCCUGCCUUCUGUCAGCAUGUCAGCAAGGUAAUAGAAACAAGACAUGCUGAUGCACCCUAUUUCCUUCCUGAAAAUAUUUUUAGAGAAAAGUACAGCAAUAUUCCUCGAGCAGUGGAAAAGCUAGAGAAGGAUUUUAUUUUCCUCCCUAAUGUGAUUGCUGAGUCAUUGGGUGGCAGUGGUUACAGUGUGGAUAGGCUGUCAGUUCCAUAUGUACCACAGGUGACAGUGCGAAGUCAUUUGGGGAAACCCCAUUAUAAGUGCAGACAGGAGUCAACAGAUGAAGACAAUCUUUCUAGGCGGAAGAGCAUUGUGGAUACAGUAUCUAUUCAAGUGGACCUUCUUUCUGGGCAGAGCCAGCAGGAUAAGACAAAGCUGGCAGAAGAAAUCACCUUUGAAGCACUCAAGAAGGCCAUAGAUGCCACAGGGUUAGAAGAACAAGAAAAAGAAAGGAGGCGUCAAGUUAUUGAAAAGUUUCAGAAAGCACCGUUUGAAGAGAUAGCAGCAAACUGUGAAUCAAAGUCAAAUAUGCUGCAUGAGAAGCUUGCACAGAUACUUGAUCUUACAAUAAGGCCUCCUCCCAGUCCAUCAGGUGCUUUGUCGAUCACUGCUGGACAUAAUCAGUAUCAGUCUGUUCCUGUUUAUGAGAUGAAGUUCCCGGAUCUCUGUGUUUAUUAAAACAGCUAAUAAUUUAAUAUGGAACAUUUCUCUGACUGAAAUUUACUGUGUAUAUCAAGAAGAUUACUGUCAUAUAUUUCCCCUUUUAAAACAAGCUAUAAAACAUACCAAAUUCUCAAUAUGUGCAUUUUAAAAAUGCUUUUAGCAUUUUAAAAAUGGAAUUGACUAAAGGAGAAGAUAAAUUCCUGAAAAGUAGCUUCAGCCCUUUUUAGUAAAGACAGAAAUCUUCAGUUUAUGCAGCCAGUAGAACAGAUUAAGUAUUUCAAAUUCAGUACUGUAGAUGCAGUGAUCAUAUUUUGAUGCACUGAAUGCUAUUGUUGAGGGGUGGAAUACUGUAUUAUUUAUCCCUUGUUUAUAAAAUGCUUUUGACAGAGAUGUUAUACUUUCCUGUCAUUUUUUGCCAACAUCAUAAAAUACUGUAUUCAUGGGAUAGUUUGUAAUUUAUUGCAGCUAUAAUAACCUUGGCAUAUCAAUUUUAAUUAAAUAGUAUUUUCCUGACUUUGAUGGUUUCAAGCAGUCCAAGAAUGCUGUAUUUUCUGGCUUUAAAUAUUCAAAAAUAUCUGUUAAUUGUUUUGAUGCGAGGAUUACUGUUUCUUGAAAGUCUUGCUAUUUUAAUGUGUCAAAGGGCUUUGUCAGAAAAUAUUUCAAAUAGUUAUCAGAAGUUACAUGCCUCUUUGUCAAGAAGCAAAAUAAAUGUCCUAGAAGCAUAUGAACUGUACAUAUUACAAAAGAAGUUAACAAUGUAUGUACAUAUGAAACAAUAUGGUGUGUACUAGAGAAAUUUAGUGCUGUAGACCAAUCUGUCAUUCAUAUUUCUGCUAUAUUCACUGUAUGUAGGUUGCACUAAGUAAAGAACUCCCUAACAUUACCACUGUGGAUACAACAUGGUGUUCAGUAUUACACAUUAUAGUAGAGUGUGCUUCUUUUAUGCUGAGUAGCAGUUUUUAUUCCUUGCUGUUGCAAAAUGAGAAAUGGAAUUGCACAUGCAUUAGUCAUUUUUCUUCAAUACCACUGAAGGUCAUUUGAAUUGUCCAUUUCUUCUUUAUUGUCAAUAUUAGAGAUGCUUACGUACCUUUUGUCAGAAACAAGUUUAACCAGUACUUUUCUGUCUUAGCAUUGCAAGUCCUUAUUUAGCAUUCAGAGGGUCUGUGCCGUUAUGGAGUGUUUCUUUCAGUAUCUGUUGAGUUCUUGCAACCAUUUUGUUUAGCACUAAAGCAUCUUAAUUGUAUGAAGUACAGGUUUUUUUGCAUUAGCAAAAUUGUAAGUGUAUUAGGGAUUUUUGUUUUGUCUACUAAUGUAAAAUUAGGCUCCAUUUUCAUUUUAGUAUAAUAUAAUCUCGACCGUACAUUAAAGUGGCGAUCUCGUAUUUCUAAAGAGCUUGUUUGUAAUUUUGAGGGAUGAUUGUAAAGCGGAACUCCCAAAGUGAAACAUUUCAUUCAUCUUUAGAAUGAUUUAUUGAAUGUAAAACUAGUUUUAUCUUAAGAUUUAAUUUUGAAAUGAUUAACAUUGCAUGUCUGUGUAGACAUUGCUAUUAAAGGACUCGUAUAUUUUUGCUGCAAUUAGUACUUGAUGAAAUACAUUUUAACUCUUCCUUUACUUUCAUGAUAAUCACUGAUGUUCUCAUGAACAACAUACCAAAGUUAAGUUGUCUGUGUUCAUAUGAGAGUAUAGCUAGUAGUUACUUGGGUAUUAUAUUCAUAUUUUGUUACCUGUUGCCUACAACAAAUAAUUACAGACUUGCAGAAUGUAAACAAAUCAGCUGUGUUAUCUAUUCAUUCCUUUCUAUUCCUUUACUUUGAAAAGGAGCAUUCCUCAAAGGUUUGCUGCCUGCACAAGUACUAGGAAAGACACUGCAUCUGUUUGAAUUAUAGUACCAAGUUAGUUUGUAUUACUGUUUUAAAUGUUCUGUUUUCUUUCACGUUUUAACAGCUUGACUUCUGUUUUUCAUAAUUUAAAAAGACAAUAUAAGUAGAUACCUUUCUUGUUUUUUAAUUGUAAAAUGUACUUUAAAUUCUGUCACAGUAAAUAAGGCUGUUUAAUUACAUUCUGAUUUAUUGUAUGGCACAUUGGCACAUGGUUGGUGUUGCUGCCUUUCAGCAUGCAGUUCUUCAGGUUGAUUCUUGGCUGGGGUGCCUUCUGGACAGUGUGUGCUUGUCCUGACUGUGUCCACGUUGGUUUUCACCAGAUGCUCUUGUUUCCUAAAACAUCCCAGAAAUGUAGCAGUGAUCCUCCAAGUUGCUUGUGAAUGUGCUAUGUCCCAUGAAAUUGCACUCUCUAACUACUUGAAUGUGUAUGUCCUGCGAUCAGUUGGAACCCCAUUCUCUGCCUUAUGCCCAUUGAUUGGGAUAGGCUGCAGCUCCCCUGUGAACCUGAAUUGGGUAACAUUGGUCAUCAGAGAGUAAAUAAAUGAAUCAACUUCCAAGUUAAUUGCGUAAAGCCUGUUCAGUCACUAAAUAAUUGUUUAUUUUUGUACUUGUAUUAGAGUUCUUCAUGUUACAUAUUUUGAAAAGUUACUCCACAGCAAAGCGUUGCAUGUAAUUAAAGGACUAGAACUGUGACAGAAACAUGAUUGGCUAUUUUUGUUUUCAUCGUUCAGAAGGUAACUAUGUAGAAAUAUUUUUAAUAUAGUAAAUGCAGAUGUUCUGAGGGACUCAGUACUUCACUAGCAGUGGUGCUUGUUGUUUCUACUGCACAGUUUUAGCCUAACUACGGUUAUAAAACAUAAUGUGCUGCAUGUAAUGCUUAUAUACAUACCGUGUCAUACAUGUAAAGAAAUCACAUCAGUGUACAUUAUAUUUUGUAGGGCCUGGAUAUAUUGUUACACACAUGAAACAAAAAAACAAUGUUUUCCUUGCCUGAAGAGCAUAAAGUCAACAUAGCAUGUUAUUUCAUAGUGUGUGCUGUCUUUUGAAUUUUUAAGUACUGUAGCAAGUUUUACGUUCCAAUUGAGACUUGGCGUAUAUAAUUUUACAUGGAUUUAUAUGCAAAUGUCAGCCUAAAAGUGCUUUCUGAAUAUUUUAUUGUGCUAGUUACAUUUAACUAGAAGAGCCCUCACUCUCUUAGGUUUUUGAAGUGGAAUGGUGCAGUCUUUUUUGUUUUCUGUAACAACUCACUGAUCUCUAAUUUUUUUCCAAUUGCCAAACUAAUAAAUACUGUCUCAAGAUCAUCUAAGAUACCAUUGCAUAUGCAAACAUUUUGCUGUUGGUUUAGUGCAAAACAUUGAGUCCUGGUGACCAAUUUUAAGUUGGAGAAUGUACAUACAUUUGCACUCAUGAUGAAUUAUAAAUGCUGUAUUAUGGUGUUUCCCCAUCUUGGUAUGAUGCAUUCACUUCUUUUGAAAACCAUUUUUUAUGUAAUCUGCAAAUGGCUAAUUGUAUGGUUCCGAACUUUACUGUAUUUUAAACAAUUAAAUAAAUUUCUUAAAUGCCA